AUGAGCAGUCCGGCAAAACGACGCAAGAAAAAUGACUUCAAGGCUUCCGAAAAACCCGUGCACAACCUUGAAUACUUUUUUGCAAAGCAGAAAGACAAGACUCAAACUGCGUCUGCCUCGACGCCAAACCAAGAUGCGGCGAAGAGCCCACAUAACGGCCGAGCAGACACCCAGCUGUCCGAUGAAGAACUUGCCAGGAAACUUCAAGAAGAGUGGAAUAGAGAAGAUGGUGUCCAUAAUACCGAGGAGCCGGAGCGGCAAGAAACCCCCCUGGAAGGCAGGAGUGGUGGCGACAACGAGCAGUACACUCCAGGCGGCGAGGGAAGUUCCACAGCAGAUAUGAAUGGUGUAGUCGAACAUGUGCUUCAGCCCCCAACUGUCAAGAAUACUCUCAAAUUACAAUCUACUGCAACUGACGAGGACGCAAUUGCCUCGACUAUACCUUUCGACCAAAGCCCUCUCACUUUCGAACCCUCCAAGUAUGUUCCGGACUUGAAAUCACAUUGGGCGGCGGAUGGAGGACACGCGACGUAUGCGCUGUUGACCAGGUGUUUUGUUUUGGUCAACAGUACGCAGAGCAGGAUCAAGAUCGUAGACACGUUGGUCAAUCUGUUACGGACAAUCAUUGAAGGUGAUCCGGAAAGCGUGUUGCCUGCUGUCUGGCUUGCUACAAACUCUAUUGCGCCGCCCUAUGCCGAUCUCGAGCUGGGUCUGGGCGGAUCGGCUAUUUCGAAAGCCCUGAUCAAAGUAUGCGGGUUGAAUAACGCUGGUUUGAGGAGCCUAUACAACAAAUAUGGAGACGCUGGAGACGUAGCCUUUGAAGCGAAGAAACGCCAGAGCUUUACAUUGCGAAAACCGAAGCCCUUAACCAUCAAGUCGGUAUACGAUUCACUGGUCAAGAUUGCGAACAGCAAAGGCCAGGGAAGCCAAGAAAUCAAGCAGCGCAUUGUGGAGCGGCUAUUGCAGGACUCAAGGGGCGCCGAAGAAUCCCGCUACAUCGUCAGGACCUUGGUCCAGCAUCUCCGCAUUGGCGCCGUCAAGACGACCAUGCUUAUUGCCUUAUCUCGAGCCUUCCUGAUGUCGCGCCCCCCCGGAGCGAGUUUCCUCAUCCAACCACUCUCAUCACUGGCUAAGUUGAAGAAAGAGCAGCUCUCGGAGAUUUAUUCGCACAACGAAGAAAUCGUGAAAGCUUGUUUUGCCCGUCGGCCAAAUUACAACGACCUUGUGCCCACCCUCCUCGAAAUUGGAGUGUGUGACGAGUUGCUCCUUCGUUGUGGGCUUUCGAUGCACAUUCCUCUACGGCCUAUGCUCGGAAGCAUUACCCGCGAUCUGGGCGAAAUGCUAACGAAGCUUCAAGGGCGGGAUUUCAGCUGCGAAUUCAAGUAUGACGGCCAGCGCGCACAAGUACAUUGCGAUGCACAAGGCAAAGUCACGAUUUUCUCUCGCCAUCUAGAAGUCAUGACUGACAAGUAUCCUGACCUUGUUGCCUUGGUGCCAAAGAUACGUGGAGAAGGUGUCAGUAGCUUCAUCCUCGAGGGUGAAGUUGUGGCCAUCGAUCGCGAGACUGGUGAUCUUAAGCCCUUCCAGGUGCUUUCCAAUCGAGCACGCAAGGACGUGGUGAUCCACAACGUUAAGAUCGACGUAUGCCUUUUUGCCUUUGACUUAAUGUACCUGAACGGCGAAGAGUUGCUGGACCGGCCAUUUCGAGAACGGCGGUCUCUGCUCAGAAGCCUCUUUUCAGAGAUCCCGAACCAUUUUACGUGGGUUGAAAGCCUUGACGCUUCAUCAAUCGAUCAGGAAGCUGUGAGCGACUUCUUCAAGAGGGCGACGGAGAACAAGUGCGAAGGCAUCAUGGUCAAGGUCUUGGAUAAUCUACCCAAUCCGGAUCUUACGACGGACGAAAAAGCACCUCCCACCCCAGUCAAAACACAAAAAGCAAAGAAAGCUACAAAGAACACGAACAUGCCAGAGCGGAAUGAUACCGAUGCUGGAAAGGCAGAAGAGAAGGAUGAGAAGAGUAAGGGUGGUCGUCGUAAAGCUCUCCUCGCUACAUAUGAGCCCGACAAACGUCUGGACUCCUGGCUCAAAGUCAAGAAGGAUUACAACACGUCAGCCGACACGAUUGACCUCAUCCCUAUCGGUGCUUGGCACGGCAACGGCCGCAAGUGCAAGUGGUGGUCGCCUAUCCUGCUGGCCGUGCGCAAUCCUGAAACCGGCUGUCUCGAAGCUGUCACCAAGUGCAUGUCCGGAUUCACUGACAAAUUCUACACCGCCAACCGAGCCAAAUACGAUCCCGACGCAGGGGCCGCUGCUUCGGACGAUGACUGCGAGGGUAGCGAGGGGCAAGAAGGAGAUGGAAAGAAAGGAAUUUCCAACGUGCGUUCAAGCAAGCCGGCCUUCGUGGAGUACAACGGCGAACCUGCCGUCUGGUUCGAGCCUCAAGAGGUCUGGGAGUGUGCGUUCGCCGAUAUUACACUCAGUCCGACCUACACUGCAGCCAUUGGCCUCAUCAGUGAGGAGCGCGGCCUCAGCCUCCGCUUUCCGCGGUUCCUACGAGUCAGAGAGGACAAAAGCAUCGAGGAGGCGAGCACAAGUGAUUUCCUGGCCGAACUGUACCGGAAGCAGGAGACCAAGGCACCUUCGGCAAGGACACAGGAGCCAAUGGUCGAUGAUGAGGCUGACGAUGAUGACUGA